AUGUUGUCCUUGGUCGCUUGCCUCGUCCUAGGCGUCACACGGGGACUAGCAGCGUCCUCUCCAACGCCUACGGUGGAUAAGACCUCCUUUGUCUCCGCCAAAGGCACAGCUUUCCAGGUCAAUGGCAGCGAUUUCCGGUUUGUGGGGACUUCCGCAUACUGGCUCCCGGCGUUGAACAGCGACGAGGACGUCGAUUUCGUUCUGGGGAACAUCUCUCAAGCCAAUAUCACAGUGGUCAGAACAUGGGCAUUCAAUGUGUUCCGCCCACCUACUGCAAACCCUGACCACCGAUACAUUAUAGAUGUCUCCGUGAUCCCUGAAAAUGGCACCUGGUUUCAAUUACUGGCUAAUUCAACGGCCACCUUGAACAUGAACGAAACGAAUGGGAUACCGAAGCUUGAUCGAAUUCUCUCGCUAGCCCAAAAGCACGGAAUUUAUGUCCUACCCGUCCUCACGAACAAUUGGAAUCCAUUACCAAGCGACAACCUGACUAGUAGUUCCACUGAUAGUCCUUUUUCCCGUCGUGAUGUCGCAACGAACAACAGCCUGCCGCGAAACUAUCUCUCAAAUGAUUACGGCGGAAUAGAUGCCUACGUCCGAGCUUUCAAUGCAAGCUCUCACGACGCCUUCUACACGGACCCGAAUAUCAUUGCUGCUUUUGAGAACUACACGACAACUUUGGUUAAGCGGUUUGUUAAUAGCACUACGCUGCUUGCGUGGGAAAUAGCCAACGAUCCACGAUGUAACUCCUCCAUAUCAGCUGCACCCACUUGCAACACGAACACGAUAACUAGUUGGCAUAACAGAAUCGCCAACCUGAUUGCAGGUAUCGACAGUAACCACUUGAUCUCGGCUGGGACAGCUGGAUUCUUCUGCCCGGUGGGCAACCCCCAGUGCCCGAAACUAUUCCAGCAAGUCAACACUCCUCCGCCAUCACAGCCUUCAGCCGCGCCACAACGCCGAAAAAUCAGAAGUAAACCACUCACGGAGAAGCGUGUUUUACAAGACCGGAAGGAGAGGCAGAAGAAGAAUCGAGCCCUUAAAUUGAAGUCCUCACCUUCGACUGAUGGCGUUAGAGUGCGAGGAAGAUGGAUCUCCACCCCCACUCGAAGACAAGACGACACGGGCGUUGGUUCUGCUUUUGAUGGCUCCAGCGGUGUUGACUCGGAAGACAUCUUAUCUAUAGCAAACAUUGGAUUUUCAAGUUUCCAGCUCUUCCCUGAUCAAAAUCAGUAUGGCGCCGACGAUCCCAAUUUGUCCGCUUUCAACAACACAUUGCAAGCUGGGCUAAACUGGAUCAAGCAGCACGCUGAGAGCGGCCAAAUGUUUGGAAAACCUAUCGUGCUUGGUGGUUUUGGACUCGUCACUCAGAACAAUGCACCGUCAUUCGUGCCAUUCAAUACAACCAUUGCUCCCUUCGCAAAUGAUCAAAUUGGAAAUAUAUCCUUGGUACCUGGUGUGCUCCCAUUUGGAGUCACUGACUCGCAGCAAGAUGACGCCUAUUCGCAAUGGCUGCAACAGGGCGUCAUCAGCGGCCUCGCGGGGAUGAUUCAGUAUCAGUGGAGUCAAGGCAAUCUCACAGCUGUGAAUGGAACUGCCAUUAUUCCUUCAAUAUCGGAGAAUGGAGUGGUGACUGAGAAUGGGGAAACUGCCGUUACAAAUGAGAAUGGAAUUUCUCCGAUAGACGGCUACGGGAGUGCGGGGCAAGCUCAGGCAGAUAUCCAAGGGACACUUUCGAUUACCGCUCAGAAGUGCUAUAAGAAAGACGCGUUUACCAGCAUCCGCUUACCUCCGAAUGAAGAGCAAUAUGCCUACAUGUGCGAUCUCAAACGCGCCCUGGACGCUACGGGUCACUGUGUGUUAGAAAUGCCCUCAGGCACUGGAAAGACGGUCUCGCUAUUGUCUCUCAUUGUAUCUUACCAGCAGUUCUAUCCAACGAAACGAAAGCUCAUAUAUUGUUCCCGUACGGUCCCUGAGAUCGAGAAAGCAUUGGCCGAACUGAAGAGGCUGGUCGCAUAUCGCGUCGAGUGUGCAGAGACUGAGGAGGAAAAGCAAAAAGAGCGCAGUUUCAUGGGUCUUGGACUGACAAGUCGCAAGAAUUUGUGCAUUCACCCAGAAGUCGCCAAAGAAAAGAAGGGGAAGGUGGUUGAUGCGAGGUGCAGGGACUUGACGAAUGCCGUGGCAUGCGAGAAGGGUCGAGCAAACCCUGGCUCUGUUCCACUUUGUGACUGGCACGAAACCCUCGGGCAAUUAGAGCCAGGAAAUCUCAUCCCUGCGGGUAUUUGGACGCUCGCAGAUGUUCUCGAGUACGGAAGGGAGAAAGGAAUCUGCCCGUACUUUACUGUUCGGCGAAUGAUGCCCUUCGUCGACGUCAUUAUCUACUCCUUCCAUUACCUCCUCGACCCAAAAGUCGCAGAGCAAGUAUCAAAAGAGCUGUCCAAGGACGCCAUUGUUGUAUUCGAUGAAGCGCACAAUAUCGACAACGUUUGUAUCGAGUCAUUAAGCAUCGACUUAACACGUCCCAUGUUGGACUCGGCAGGAAGGAGUAUAACUAAAUUGGGAGAGAAAAUCGAAGAGUAUAGCCCGACCUUACUUCUGCAAACGAGUCGUGUGAUAUUCUCUGCAGAAUUAAAACAAAGGAUGCCUCCAAGCUUCAGGAAGACCGAAGAAACCGAGGACGCCUUCAUGUCGAAUCCAUUAUUGCCAGAUGACCUACUGGACGAAGCUGUCCCUGGCAAUAUUCGAAAAGCUGAGCACUUCGUCGCGUUCCUCAAACGCUUUGUCGAGUAUCUUAAAACUCGAAUGCGGGUACUCCAUGUUGUGGCCGAAACCCCAUUAUCGUUCCUUCAACAUUUGAAGGAUAUAACCUAUAUCGAGCGUCGCCCAUUGAGGCAACCCAGAUUCUGCGCCGAGCGCCUCCAAUCCCUUAUCAGGACGCUCGAGCUCAGUCGGUUGGAUGAAUACUCAGCACUACAAAAAGUCGCCAGCUUCGCGACCCUUGUUUCUACUUAUGAGAAGGGAUUCCUCCUCAUUUUGGAGCCUUUUGAAACAGACAACGCAUCAGUACCUAACCCCGUCUUCCACUUCACUUGCCUCGAUCCCUCAUUGGCGAUCCAACCCGUAUUCGAGCGCUUCAGUAGUGUUGUGAUCACCUCGGGAACCAUUUCCCCACUCGACAUGUAUCCCAAAAUGCUUCAAUUCGAUCCUGUUGUUCAAGAAACAUACCCUAUGACUCUGACACGAAAUGCAUUUUUGCCACUCGUCAUCACCCGUGGUAGCGACCAGGUCGCAAUAAGCUCUCGAUUCGAAGUCAGGAACGAUCCUGCGGUCGUCCGUAAUUUUGGCAGCAUUCUGGUCGAGUACAGCAAGAUCGUACCAGAUGGUAUUGUGCAUUUUCAAGGCUUUAUUUUGGCUAACAGUCGUUCGUUCAAGGGCAUUCUGAAUGAGGUUUGGAAGAAUAAGCUCAUCUUUGUUGAGACUCCCGACGCAAAUGAAACAAGUAUCGCCCUGGAAAACUAUCGAAGGGCGUGCGACAACGGACGAGGUGCUGUCCUCUUGUCUGUCGCGCGAGGAAAGGUGUCAGAAGGAAUCGAUUUUGACCACAACUACGGUAGAGCGGUCAUUAUGUUUGGGGUACCAUACCAGUACACGGAGAGCCGUAUACUCAAAGCCCGUCUCGAAUAUCUUCGUGACGCAUACCGAAUUCGAGAGUCUGAAUUUUUGGGCUUCGACGCGAUGCGCAACGCAGCUCAAUGCGUUGGGCGUGUCCUACGGGGUAAGACGGAUUGGGGACUGAUGGUGUUUGCAGACAAACGAUUCGCCCGAGCAGACAAACGCGCGAAACUACCUCGAUGGAUUAAUCAAUACAUCACAGAGACCGCUGCAAAUCUUUCGACUGAUAUGGCCUUGACGCUCUCCAAGCUCUUUAUGCGGGGCAUUUCGCAGAACCCAGAGGAAAAUCAGACGGGCAUAUCGCUUUGGACUUUGGAGGAUGUGUUGCAGGCACAGACAAAACAAAGAGCGUUGGCCACAGAGGAAGCAGACGAGGACGAGUAUGGUCAUGAUGGAAUAACCGAUGAAAUGCUCGUCGAUUUGGAUAUUUAG